AUGUCUCUCUCCGAGGAAGUAUCAGUAGAAUCGUUGUGUGAUCAUUUAACCACGACAUUGUCUCUUGAAAAUCUCCUCGAGAAGGAGAGAACAUUCAUCAACCAAUCACUUCAAGAAAAAUACGAAAACGAAAAGCACCAAUUACAGCUCAUUGAACAAGAACGUUAUGAAAAAUUCAAACAAGAACAACCACAUGAAUUCUCAAAACAUGUGGAGCUAACGUUCAUGACCACAUUGCGCACCAUCAACAAGCGAGAAAAUUUAAUGAAAGUGAUGAUGACCUCGGAGUUCAUGAUUGAAAAAGAUGAGAAUGGAGCGAUCUUAUUUGCAGAUAGAAAUCCUUUUUACUUUAACAUGAUUUUAGAGUUUUUGAGAACAGGCUCAACAACUCAUAUCGGGCUAUGGAAGGCUGAUAGUGAGGUCUCUAUGAAGCAUUUGGUACAACUGUUUGAAGAGUCCAACUACUUUGGAUGUGCAAAAUUAAGCGAAGCCAUUCAAAAUAGACUUAAAAAUUGUUCAUUAUUUAGAGAAGAUGAAGAUGAUGAUGCAUGUAUCACACACUCAUUUCUUGAAAAUCAUAUACGAGUAGAAGAGGAUGUUGAACCGGCGAAGUCUGAGAAAAUUAUUUCUUUCAACGUGCGGGGGCAAUUACUUUACCCUAUUGCCAUUGAGAAACUGGUAAAACAUUCAGAAAGCCUGUUUCCAUCUCUUCUCAAGGAAACCAAUGAAAAUACUAUUUUUCUAGAUAGAGAUCCGUUGGUGUAUCAUAUCAUCUUUGACUUUUUGGAAACAGGUCGAUUUGAUGAGAUUUGCAAGCAAGACCAACAAGUGAAAACACAAAUUAAGAAGGAAGCAAAAGAAUUGAAUCUUUUAGAAUUGUUGGAAUAUUGGAAUAUACUUCGAUAUCACAUUGAACACCUUGGAUAUAGCAAUAGAAGAAUGAAAGAAGAAGAAGAUUUAUUGAGAAGGUUGUUUGUUUCUGAUAGAGACCAUGAAAUUCUUCAAAAUCCAUAUUUGCAUUUGCUGAAUGUAUUUGACGCUAAUCAAGAAGCAUUUAUGAUGAAAAACCCUCCUAAAGGGAUUGGUUUGUUGUUUGAUUUUGAAAAUCCAAUGGAAGCAUCCAAGUUUAAAGUCUCCAAGCCCUCUAUUCCACAUCUGUGUCCUGAUUUUGAGACCUUUCAGAUUCAGUUCGACACUCUCACUUGUGGUAUUUUUGAUGGCAUGAACUGGGAGAAUGUAUUUUGUGCAGGUGGUUGUGUUUUACGGGCCAUCCUUGCAACCCCAUUUGCCAACUCUUCCAACAAUCCAAUCACUGAUUCUGACGAUGAAUUAGAUGAUGGAGAUGUAUCGGAGGCAACUAUGGACGAGCUUGAAUUCUAUUCAAAUGAUUUUAACAGAAAAAAGCAUGAUCAACACAGUGCUACCUGUUUUGAUGAAAAUUUCCAGAAAAAACUAAUAUCAUACUACAACAAACACGAACGAUGGAGUAACACGGAUAUAGAUCUCUUCUUGUAUGGACUCACAGAAUGUGAAGCAGAACAAAAACUUGUGGACAUUUACAAACACUUUAAGAAAAGGCUUCGAGCCUUUAAAAAAGCAACAAACCAACCAAAAGCUUUUACUGACAUUAUGUUAAUCAGGACAUCCCAUGCCCUUACUUUUAGAUUUUAUGAGCCCGUUAGAACAGUCCAAGUUAUUUUACGUAUCUACAAAAGUCCAUCUGAGAUUCUUAUGGGUUUCGAUAUUCCUUCUUGUUGUUUUGGUUAUGAUGGCAGUAACGUGUAUUGUCUUCCAAGAGCAAAGGAAUCAUUGGUCACAAGAACUAAUAUUGUGGAUCCAGAUAGACAAUCCACCACUUAUGAGUCAAGACUCGUAAAAUAUGCAUUGCGAGGAUUUCGGAUUGGAAUACCAAACUAUCAACCCGCUAAGGUUAAAGCGAAUAAUUUUGUCGACGACGAGUGUAGAAGGAAUGGUUUGGCAAAAAUUUUAUGGCUUCAAAACCGUUAUUCAUUCACACUAUCACACCCUGGAAUACUGACCUCAGCUUUUGACAUUUCGUCGCCUUCGCCAAAUCACGACUACUGUAUUGUGAAAAUACCAAAAGAUCUUAUUUCUCCAUACUGGUUGCACAGUCGUAUUAAGAGUCAGUACACCUAUGCUGUUGAGGAGCUCAACCAACAUCCUUUUUUUGAUUUUACUUUGAAUGACAUUAAUGGUAUUUUGAACUUAGCAUCCAACAGAAGUACAUUGAGCGCAAAGAUUGAAUGGAUCACUCUCGAGCCUACUCGUCAAUAUAUUGGCAGUUUUAAUCCAACAGACAGAAAUUUUUUCAAGGAUGCAUAUCAAACCAAACAAUUCAAAUAUAUUUGGGAGUUUAAAGAAGGAAAAAAAAUAUUCACACCAUUUAAUAUCUCAGAAAGUAUCUCUCUUGAAAGACACUACAGAUUAAAUCGAUCAUCGUUUGAAAUUGGAACCAAUAAUCGUGUAGACUUUGAGGACAUGGUCCAAAUUAUCAAUGAAGAUACUCCUGACGAAAUUAGAAGAAAAGUGAGAAGGAAAAAAAAAGUAUGCUCCCCACUCCAAAAAGGUGAAGAUUAA